AUGUCUGUUGAAGACACAGCUACUCCCACGGAUUCCCGUGCGGGGACUACGGCGCCCGAAUCGGUCAUUCCUUCGUCGCCGCUCACAGACCCAACUGAGGCUGACUCGAAGUCUUCUCAUGAUAAAGACGACAAAUCUAAAGCAGAUUUGACCGAUUCAGAAGAUGUUGAGGGGAUGGAUAGCAAGGCCAAGGCCUUGAUGCACUUGUUGAAAACCAGCUCCGUCUUUGUCGCUAUCAUGUCAGAUAAAAUGAAGCAGCAACAAGAGGACGCACGCUUGGCAGCGAUCAAGCACAACGAACAAGCUGCCGCGAGUCAGAAAAAAGCCAAGUCUCAUGCUGAAUCUGCUCGCCGAACCACUCGAACUCGGCCAACUCAAGAUGCGAUGGAGGAGAAGACAUCCUCUAGUGGCAAGGGCGCCAAGGAAAAGACCACAGGAUCGACUAGAGGUCGGCCUAGGCGGGCAGCCGCCGCCAAUGGCAGCUCUAUUUCUAAUUAUUUCAAGAAGGCCGACGUGGAAGUGACUGAAGACAAUCCCUCGGUGCAGCAAGCCCUUGAGAAGGCUGCAGACGACUACGAAGCAAACCCCACGGCUCUUGGUGAGCAGCACUUAGUCGCGACACAGCAGCCAGCACUUGUGAGCGGUGGCAAAAUGAGAACAUAUCAGUUGGAGGGCCUCGAAUGGCUCAAGACGCUAUGGAUGAAUGGGCUUUGUGGCAUUCUUGCCGAUGAGAUGGGCCUUGGAAAGACUGUUCAAGCAAUCUCCAUGAUUGCUUUCUUGAAAGAGAAGAAUGUUUCGGGUCCGUUCUUGAUUGCAGCACCGCUGAGUACGGUGAGCAAUUGGGUAGAUGAGUUCGCCCGAUGGACCCCGGGAAUUAAAACGAUCUUGUAUCACGGCUCCAAAGAUGAGCGAGCUGUCAUGCGCAACAAGCACAUGAAAAUGAAAAAUCAGGGAGAUAUGGACUUCCCAGUGGUGUGCACAUCCUACGAAAUCUGCAUGAACGACCGGAAGUUCCUGGCUCAAUAUCAAUGGCGUUAUAUUGUUGUUGAUGAGGGUCAUCGCUUGAAGAACAUGAAUUGUAAGCUCAUCAAAGAGCUUUUGACCUAUAACUCGGCCAAUCGUCUAUUGAUCACUGGAACACCUCUUCAGAACAACAUCUCAGAGUUGUGGUCACUUUUACAUUUCCUGCUUCCGGAAGUUUUCAAUGACCUCAACUCAUUUGAGGGGUGGUUUGAUUUCUCCUCAGUCCUGGACAACAAGGGCCAGGCAAAUCUUGUUGAAAAACGCAAGCGUAACUUGGUUACUAGUAUGCAUGCCAUCCUCAAGCCCUUCCUUCUGCGACGUCUCAAAACAGAUGUGGAAACUACCCUCCCCAAGAAGCGGGAGUACAUUUUGUACGCCCCUCUGACUCCCGAACAAAAAGAUCUAUAUCGGGAGAUAAUCAACGGUACAGGGCGUCAAUACCUUGAGGGAAAAGCUCUGGAGCGACUGGAGAAUAAGAGCGGCAGCUCUACGCGCUCGCAAAGUAUGAAGCGCAAACGGAGUAGCGAUGAUACAACGCCGGUCAAGAGCGCCAGACCCAGCGGGAUAUCCACGCCAGCUAGCAAUAGAAAUAAUUCUAGCCGCCGUUCCCGACGCAAUACGCGUCAGAGUUACAAUGAUCUAAGCGAAGGAGAGUUUGAUGAGCACCUCCGCAAACUCGAGCUGGGAAUUGAAGUAGAUGAAGAGCAGGUCGAUCCCAGCGAUACUGAGCUUGAAGAGAUGCAGCAGGCUGAGAAUCUGAAGCUUGCUAAGAAAGAGAUUGGGCAAAAGAAGAUGCAAAACCCGGUUCUGCAGGCUCGUCUUGCCUGCAAUUCUCCGCACAAUUUCUACUGGCCUUGGAUGGACGAGUCCUCUUCUGUAGACGAAACACUCGUCUCCGCCUCUGGGAAGAUGCUUUUGUUGGACCGUUUGGUUUCGUGUUUGCUGCAGAAGGGCCAUAAGAUCUUAAUUUUCUCUCAGUUCAAAACUCAACUCGAUAUCAUUCAAGAGUGGGCAACAACCCUUCGGUCUUGGGAGUGUUGCCGGAUCGACGGCGCUAUUGCACAGUCAGAGCGUCAGGCUCAGAUCAAAAACUUCAAUUCCAAAAAGAAUCACAAGCUCUUCCUCCUGAGCACCCGAGCUGGUGGCCAAGGAAUCAAUCUCACCGCUGCCGACACCGUCAUUAUCUAUGAUUCUGACUGGAAUCCGCAGCAGGAUCUUCAGGCUCAGGACCGAGCCCACCGCAUUGGCCAGACCAAGCCAGUGAUUAUCUACAGAUUGGCAACGAAGGGUACGGUUGAGCAGACACUCCUCGAGAAAGCGGAUUCCAAGCGCCGUCUCGAACGUCUGGUAAUUCAGAAAGGCAAGUUCCGCUCCCUGCUCGACCCCAGUGCGAAUUCCCAGGAUAUCGAAGAACUGCGCAAGGUUCUUGGCGAGAAUGAAUUCGAGCGGUUCGACGUUGGCGCCGACCCUGCAUCGAUCUUGUCGAAUGAAGAUCUUGACAUCUUAACCGAUCGCUCUGAGGAGGCUUAUUUGCGUGCUGAGAAGGGAUUGGAUACGAAAGGGGAUACGUUUAUUGCGGUUGAAACGAAGCGCGAUCCUGGUGAGAGCAUCCUUUCUUGA